AAACCCUGUUUUUUAGUGUUUAGCUGUAUUCUGCUACCAUACUCCCAUAAAACUACAUUUCCCAGCAUGCUUUGAAGCUGGUCUGACCUCAUUUCAAAUGGCCCCGUAGGGCAACAAGGCUGGUUACUUUUGACCGUGCUACUUGUGCCAGGAAAAAAUUGAUCCCAAUUGGCAGUUAUUUGGUUUUUAUAUGUUAGGCACUCUCUUGAAGUGUGGUCAUCAGUAGAAGGUAUCUGGUCUGGAAGGGCCCAUCCAUCCUGGCAGUUGGACGAGGGACCAGGAAAACUGUCUCCGGCGAGCUAAAUAGGAGGGAAUGUUGACAAGGGAGCACCGCUGGGGCUGAACAGAGGAGCAGGAACUGGAGCUCAGGCUGAGUCUGAAAACUGUUGGCUCCAGACUUUGGCUCGGGGACGGUUGGAAGUGAGAGAUGGAGAUGCCAGAGGAACCCGACAAUAGUGGGCAUUCACUACCCCCAGUUUAUAUUUACAGUCCCGAGUAUGUCAGCAUCUGCGACUCCCUUGUGAAGGUCCCCAAACGGGCCAGUAUGGUCCACUCUCUGAUUGAAGCCUAUGCCUUGCAUAAACAAAUGAGGAUCGUGAAGCCCAAAGUGGCCUCCAUGGAAGAGAUGGCCACCUUCCACACUGAUGCCUAUCUGCAGCAUCUGCAGAAAGUCAGCCAAGAAGGUGAUGAGGACCAUCCAGACUCCAUAGAAUAUGGACUAGGUUAUGACUGCCCAGCCACAGAAGGGAUAUUUGACUAUGCAGCAGCUAUAGGAGGAGGUACAAUCACAGCUGCCCAGUGCCUGAUUGACGGGACGUGUAAAGUAGCCAUUAACUGGUCUGGAGGGUGGCAUCAUGCAAAGAAAGAUGAAGCAUCUGGUUUCUGUUAUCUCAAUGAUGCUGUCCUGGGAAUAUUACGAUUGCGACGGAAAUUUGACCGUAUUCUCUAUGUGGAUUUGGAUCUACACCAUGGAGAUGGUGUAGAAGAUGCCUUCAGUUUUACAUCUAAGGUUAUGACUGUGUCCCUGCACAAGUUCUCCCCAGGAUUUUUCCCAGGAACAGGUGACAUGUCUGAUGUUGGCCUGGGGAAAGGGCGAUACUACAGUGUCAACGUGCCCAUUCAGGAUGGCAUUCAGGAUGAGAAGUACUAUCACAUCUGUGAAAGUGUACUAAAGGAGGUAUACCAGGCCUUCAAUCCAAAGGCAGUGGUUUUACAGCUGGGAGCAGAUACCAUCGCCGGAGAUCCAAUGUGCUCCUUUAACAUGACACCAGUGGGGAUCGGCAAGUGUCUGAAGUAUGUCCUUCAGUGGAAGUUGGCAACUCUAAUUUUAGGAGGAGGAGGCUAUAACCUUGCCAACACUGCUCGUUGCUGGACAUACUUGACCGGGGUCAUCCUAGGGAAAACACUAUCCUCUGAGAUCCCAGAUCAUGAGUAAUUAGAAGACAGUUGCAACGGUGACUAUGGAGAUGUGCUUCAACUGUGAAGGGAAUUCAAAGGAGGGCCCAAAUGCCCUGCCCUCCGGGAGCUAAAGGGGGACUUGAGAAAUACAGUCAGCACAGUCACAAGGUCAAGCUAUUGCAACAGUCAGCUAUGGCCGCCUGACUUCCUACUAUCUCUGUUCUCAUUCUUAGACUUUGUUCUUCCAUCUCCUAGGAUAAUAAUCAUCUUCCUCCAAGUGUUCUUACCGCAGUCCUGUGCUGUCCUCCUAGGUCUAGCUACAAACGGUUUUUCAAAACCGUUUAGCCUAAAUGUUGAGCUCUUCCUUUACUCCCUUAUUCAUUUAGCAACUAUUCAGAUCUGGAUUUAGUUACAUAAACAAGGUAUGCCCAGUGUCCUCACAAAUACUGCUCUCUAAUUAAGGCAACAAAGCAUUGUGUUCUAAUCCAGGACAGGCAGGGAACAAAGUUGGGAACUCAACAGAACACUGAGCUAAGCUCUGAGUAGUGAGUGGUGCAUAAUUGUAUUCCUAACACUCAGCAGACUGAGGCAGGAGGAUCACAAGUUCAAGGACAGCUUGCGCUACCUCCAUGGCAAGUUCCAAACCAAACUAAUAAGAUCUUGAAACUUUGAAGUGGAUAUUCAAAGAUUCAUUGAGAGUUUGCCAAGUGAUGAACAGAAAGGUCUCUACAGUACACAAAAAGGGACUAUGUGUUUAAUACAGAAUGUAUAAGAUAAUAGGAACCUUUGGAGCUUUAGUGGGAAUUGUGAUCAGAUAUGAAAAAUCUUAAAUGCUGCAUUCAUGAGCCUAAUAUAUAUAUGAAUGAUCUUGGUUUUUAGAAAGCUAAUUUGAAGCUGGAGAAAUGCUUCAGUGGUUUUAAAAGCACAGGCUACUGUUAGAGGGGUUGUAGGUCUGGUCCCCAGCGCCCACAUGGUAGCUCACAACUGCCUAUAACUCCAGUUCCAGAGAAGAUGACACCCUCUUCUAACCUCUGCAGGUACCAGUCAUGCAUGUGGUGGACAUACAGUACAUAUA